GGGGGCCCCACGGCCGGCAGCGACCUCUGUCCCCGGCCAAGGCUGGCUGCGGGUGCCCACGGCGUCACGUGGAGCUGCCACCAGCGCAGCCCGGGCGGGAGCAGCCGCGGCGCCGGACGGACGGAUGGACGGACAGACGGACAGCACCAGCGUGUGGCUGGGAGCCCCCCUGGAGCAGUUGCCCACCCCGGCGCUGACCCUGGACCGGGCGACGGUGCGGCGGAACGCCGAGCGCAUGCGGGAGCGCUGCCGGGCCCUGGGCCUCCGCCUGCGCCCCCACGUCAAAACCCACAAGACGCUCGAAGGUGCCGAACUGGCGACAGGCGGGACCCGCCGGGGCAUUGUGGUCUCCACCUUGGCCGAAGCUCGUUUUUUCGCCGCGGGGGGGUUCGAUGACAUCCUUUACGCCUACCCGCUGCCGGGGGGGCGGCUGGAGGAGUGCGCGGCCUUGGCCCGACGCCUCCAAACCUUCCAGCUCCUCCUCGACACCCCCCAGGCCUUGGCCCUCCUGCGCCAGCACCCGCUGCCCCCCGGCAAGCGCUGGCUCGUCUGGCUCAAGCUCGACUGCGGGAAUGGCAGAGCCGGCGUUCGGCCCCGGGACCCCGGUGCCAUGUCGCUGGCCCGGGCCAUCGCCCGGGAGGCACCGGAGGUGGUGACACUGGUGGGGGUCUACGCCCACUGCGGGGACACCUACGGCUGCCGCGACGUCCCCGCCGUCCAAGCCAUCGCCCGCGCCACCGCCACCGCCCUGCUCGACUUCGUCACCGCGCUGCGGAGAGAGGGGGUGCCGUGUCCCCAAGCCGGCAUCGGCUCCACGCCGUCCUGUAGCCACCCGGUACCAGAGAUGGCCCAGCUCACCGAGCUCCACCCGGGCAACUACCUCUUCUAUGACCUUCAGCAGACGCUGCUGGGGUCCUGUCGCCCCGAGGAGGUGGCCAUCCGCGUCCUCACCAGGGUCAUUGGCCACUACCCCCACCGCAACCAGCUGCUGGUGGACUGUGGGUGGGCAGCCCUCAGCCUCCACGGCCGGGACCAGGCGCCCACGGGCUGCGCUGCCGUCGAGGGGCACCCCCAGCUGAGGCUGGUGGGGCUGACGCAGGAGCACGGGCAAGUGGAAGCCGUCAGCGGGCGGUUGGAGUUCGAGCGGUUCCCGUUGGGCACCAUCCUGGCUCUCAUCCCUUUCCACGCCUGUGCCACGGCCGCCAUGCACCCCGUCUACUACGUCCACGCCGAGGGGAAGGUGGUGGAGCUCUGGCACCCCGUCCGUGGCUGGUGAGGAGAACUGGGGGGCCGCUGGGGGGGCCCACCCACACCCCCACCCACACCCCCACCCACACCCCCACCCACACCCCUGCGCCCACGCCGGGGGUCCUGCGCCCACGCCGGGGGUCCUGCGCCCACUUGGAGACCCUGCGCCCACGCCAAGACUGAGCGCCCCACGCCAAGACUGAGCGCCCCACGCGCUCCCGUCGAGGUGUGGGGGGGCAGCCACGGCACCCACCACGUGCACCCACGGCCAAAUCCUGCACCCACCCUGGAGUCCUGCACCCGUGCCCGGGUGCUGCACCCACGCUGGGACCCUGCACCCAUAGCCGGGCGCUGCACCCUACCCAGACCGAAUUGAAUAAAGGUUUAUUUUCCCCCAC